AUGGCAAAAAGUAAUGAUAAAAACAUACCUAAAGAACACAAUGGAGCUAUUUGUCCUUUAGUCACGAAGCCUGUCCUUCCAACCAAUUGCGAAUGCAUCAUUAGAAGUCCUACAUUUCGAAGUGUGUUUUUCUUUAUUUUUACAGGUAGGCCAAAGUUUUGUGACAUUAAGUAUGAAUAUGAAUAUGAUAUAACAGAAAGUACCAUUUUAACAGUGGCGCCGAAGGUAUGUGGAUAUCCGAUACCUAAACUGAAAUGGGAAGUGGGAGAGGACAACUUCAGUACUGCAUCUAAUUUUUCUGUUAUUAAUAAUGCAAUCAGACAAUACGAAUACAGUUUUAAUACUCGACCUAUCACUCGAGAAGAUUGUGGAAGAAACCUCGCAUUAGUCACUUCUAAUACAAUAGGAAGUAUGAAAAGGAAUGCUAAAAUUUACGUUGAAUUUGUACCUUCACUGGUUUCGAACGUGUUAUUUUACAGACACAAUGCAAGUUGUGUUCGUGUCACUUGGGAUGGCGAAGAUACUGGAAAAUGUAGUAUCACCUAUCAUUUGCAGUUUUCUGGUAGAGAGACUAUUUAUACCACCUCUAAGACAGACCUUACACUUUGCAAUUCAUCGGAUAUUGAUGUCGUUUUUAUUUGGGCAUCAUACAACAGAAACAUUGGUGUAAAGCUUGCCAGCAGAAUUAUCACCACUACCUCUUCACCAGAUAAUACUUCAACCCGAACUAUCACGGCGACAAAUACAGAAAGAAAAGUAGCGAGAACAUGUGACCAUCAAUUUACAAGUAAUAUUAUAACUGCGAUCGUCACAUUGGUUAUCUCACUGAUUUUAAAUACAAUCAUUUUUGUCAUUUUUAAGCAUAAAGGUUUUAUAAUUGUCAACAUGAUCCGGACGAGACCUCCACAAAGCAGUAAAGAUCGAAGUACUAACGAUUAUGGGGAAACAGGGAAAAUGAUAUCUCAUUAUGCAGACAUUAACAGCAAAGCUGUAAAACCAAGUAUAUAUGCCGAUUUGACACCGACAACUGAUCAUUCGAAGCAGUAUUAUGAAAUUGAGUUGAAUACAUUGCAAAGCAACAUUUACGCCAAUAUUACAACCUAA